GCACAACCGCCGACGACCUCUUUCCUCUCUUUGACAAGUAUGGCAAGGUCGUUGACAUCUUCAUCCCCAAAGAUCGAAGGACUGGCGAGUCCAGGGGUUUUGCCUUUGUGCGUUACAAGUAUGCCGAUGAGGCUCAGAAGGCCGUCGAAAGGCUUGACGGAAGAAUGGUUGAUGGUCGGGAAAUAACUGUCCAAUUUGCAAAAUAUGGCCCCAAUGCGGAGCGCAUUCACAAAGGAAGGAUUAUUGAAUCAAUGCCAAGAACAAGGCAUAGGUCAAGGAGCCGCAGCCCAAGGAGAAGGUACCGUGAUGAUUACAGAGACAGGGAUUACCGUAGGAGAAGUCGUAGCAGAAGUUAUGAUAAGUAUGAACGUGACCGGUACCGUGGGAGGGACAGAGAUUAUCGUCGUCGAAGCAGAAGCCGCAGUGCCAGCCCUGAUUACAAGAGUCGAGGGAGGGGGCGCUAUGAUGAUGAUGAUGAUGAUCGUCGUAGUAGAAGCCGGAGCCGAUCGGUGGAUAGCCGCUCCCCUGCACAUAGUCCUAGUCCUCGAAGGAGUCCUUCACCCCGCAGGAGUAUGUCUCCUGAAAGGAGUGCAUCCCCAAGAAGUCCUAGAGGUGAAAGUCCUGAUAAUCGUAGCCGUGAUGGACGAUCUCCCUCACCUCGCAGUGUCUCACCACGUGGUCGCCCUGAUGCUUCGCGAAGCCCAUCCCCUCGGAAUUCAAAUGGUGAUGCGUAAGCUCUCUUGCAUGAAAAUUCUGGAGACACCUUGAGCAUGAGCAGUGCAGCUGUAGCUGUUGUGAAAAUGUUGAAUCUUCUGGUCAAUGUUAAUGAUCUUAUCAGUCAUUGAAGGAUUUUAUGAUCUAUGUGCUGUUUGGUAGGGUCAAACCUCCUUGGUGUUUAAGUGUUUCCAUAUUUGGACAUGAUGUUUUUUUCUACUUGCUUAUUUAAUAACUGUUGGAACAUGUAGUUGAUAGGUUAGUACUUCAGUCUAUGAGGGAUCUUGUUAUUGUAGUUUCUUUUUACUACUUGCUGCAUGUUCAUUUCUCUUUCUCUAUUUUCACUUCUCACUUUUCAGAAAGGAAUAUGGUUGUGGUCUAGUUUAAACUCAGUUAAUUUAUGAUGAACAACUUACUGGGUUUUAUAGUUGUGAUCGGGAAAAGUGAUGGGCCUGAUUGGUGCAUGUUGACAUUGUUGCUGUUGAUGCUGUUUCUAGUCAUUGAUGAUGAGUGGUCGUGAGUUGUACCCGGUUGCAAGAGUAUGCUGGUUUUAGGAGUAUGAUUGUUUUUUGCCGUGCUGGUUUGACAGACACUAAGUAGACUUGGUUUUUUCCUGAAUGGUCUGAUUAUUGGUAAGCUUUUUGGUUACUUGCU